AAUUUUUAUAUAACAACAGGAUAAUUUGGGUGAAAGUUUAGAGCGUAGUAUUGAGUGAAAAUCGAACGAGUAGUGACUGGAAAGACAGAGAGAGAGCCGCAAAAAGGGCAAGGCAAGAAAGAUGUCACAGAAUCCACCCGCUUAAAAUUCCCACACCAACCAAGAAAGGCAAAAACAGACAAACAAGGCGUUCUUUGUUUUUACUCGACUGUAGCUCGAGACUCCCAAUACCUCAAAAUCUUCGAAGCUCCUGCGCUCUCCCACUUGUUCUCUGGAGAAUUUCCACGCGGGGGCACUCUUGGAUUUGAAUCCAUGCCCGUGUAACAUAUAUUGAGCUCGUGGUGAACUGGGCUUGUUGCUUGUUGUCUUUUAGAUGAUAUGGCUUCCAAACUCAGUUCUACUUCAUGCUCUUUUGUGUCGCCUUAUGGUUCUUCUCUUUUGGGUACCAGGAGAAUUUCGCAGGUAAUUUUUUGUUUUGGUGUCUCUGUACGGCGAUUACUGGCCCAUAUGAACCUAAAACAAAGACCAUUCGAUGGCCAGCAAUGUGAUGCCCAGCAGAUUAGAAAUGCUAAAGUCAAGUUAUGCAAUAUCUGUGGAGAGGUAAAGGUGAGGGGAACAGUUACAAAGAGGGGAAAGGUUGUGUUUGCUAGCUCUGAAGACCGCUCACAAUUUGUUGAGCUCCAACCAGAUGUUUCACUGGAUGAACGUCACCAUGCUAAUGCGACAGCCAACCCUCCUUCAAGUGGUUCACUCAUUCAAGUUGAGAGAACUGAUGGAAAACCAGGUUUAAUUUCAUUUUACAAUCGACCAUAUGGCAGAAACAUUGAGAUCAUUUCAUCUGAUACCCAAAGGGGUCAGAGCAGCCUGUUGUGGUUCAUUGCCCCUUCUGUGCUUGUGGCCUCUUUCAUUUUUCCCUCACUUUAUUUGCGGAAGAUACUGUCCACUGUAUUUGAGGACUCUCUGCUGACAGAUUUCCUGAUAUUGUUCUUCACUGAAGCUCUUUUCUACUCCGGCGUUGCCAUUUUUCUUCUCCUACUAGACCGUGUAAGGAGACCCAUUCAGCCUGCUGCAGAUGAUAACAAAACCCUAGCUCCUCAACUUGCGCAGCGAAUUUCUUCUGUUGCUGUGCUGGUACUCAGUCUUAUAAUUCCCAUGGUGACAAUGGGUUUGGUAUGGCCAUGGACCGGCCCUGCUGCUUCUGCUACACUUGCUCCAUACCUGGUUGGUAUCGUUAUCCAAUUUGCAUUUGAGCAGUACGCUAGAUAUUGGAAGUCACCUUCAUCGCCCGUUAUCCCAGUCAUAUUUCAGGUUUACAGAUUGCAUCAGCUGAACAGAGCAACACAAUUGGUGACAGCUCUUUCAUUCACAGUGAGAGGAGCUGAAAUGACCUCUCAUAACAUGGCAAUAAACAGCUCGCUCGGUACACUUCUGAAUGUCCUUCAAUUUCUUGGGGUUGUCUGCAUCUGGUCACUUUCUAGUCUCUUCAUGCGGUUCUUCCCUUCCUCUCUUGUGGAUGCCUAAUGAUUCCCUUCUUUCUUUCCUGAGAGGAUUGAUGAUAGCUUUGGGAUGAACGUUGUAGGAAAGAGAACUUAUUUUCAUUACAGGUGACUCAUUGAGGGUCCUUACUCUCUUUUCUUGUGCUGGGACUGGAUUCCAAACAAGGUAGGUGUUGAAGGUUCCAACUUUCUUAUAAGCAUAACAAGUUGUUGCAUGAUACGCUGGACGGGCCAGAUUUAGGGGAAAUUGUUGUACUGAUGUUCCUGAGUUUGUGGUUGCCAGGACCUAUACUCUGAAUCUUUUGUUAUCAGAAGUUCUACAUUAUGCAGCAUUUACCCAUCCUUGCAUGUAAAUAAACCUUUUCUUCUCCGUACUAAAAAUUGUUCUUAGAUUUAAAAAAAUUUGCCCAUAAGAAUCAUUCAGAAUGGGUG